AUGUCCGACUUCAAGGAUCUAAAAAAGGCGACCGACAUAGACCCCAAUGUCUGGUACCAUCUAACCGAAGAAUGGGUCGACGAUUAUGAUGGAAAUUUUACGGGCAUGUUGCAAACAUACAAGGAAGAUAGCGGGGAUGAUGGAUUUCGCGUCUAUGCCGUUAAAAACAGGAAGACAUACUGGCAAUUUCAACCCAUCGACAAGAUACCAGGCCGAUACUCACUUCGAUGCUCCGAAACGACGACACGAAAACAAUUCGCCGUAUGUUAUCGAGAUUUCGAAUCGGUCGAGAACCGACGCACACGCGCCUGUCUGACCGACAGUGAUGGGACCGAGUCGCAACAAUGGGAUGUAUCUCUAUGGGGCACGAAUACGACUGAAACAUAUUUAUUUACAAAUGUCGCAAAUGGAACCAAGUAUCACCUCGAUGUGAUUCCUGGUAACGCCGUCUUUAUGAGCCCAAAUCUCGACGGAUACCAGAAGAGGCAGCGUUGGCUGAUGACCAGUGUCAAAAAUGUUGACGAUGACGCUUACAGCACUGUUUUCACAAACCCCCCUCCCGAGUCAACACGCGAUGCAGGGACGACAACAGAUUCGUCUAGCGAAACAGCUACAGACCCUGCAUCAUCCUCAUCCUCUGAUUCUUCUUCCAGCAGCCUCUCAAGCGGUACAAUAGCAGGCAUCGCGAUAGGAGCCGUACUCGGCGUUCUUGCGAUCGCACUAUUGGGGUUCUUCCUCUGGCGACGCAAAAGACGCAACAAUGGUUUUACUGCUAAGCCUGAUGAGGCGAUGGGUAGCCACAACGGGGAUUACAACCAGUUCGCAUCUUACAAGCCAUCAAUCGACAGAACUCUUGUCAAUUCCACAUCACCGGCACCCCCUCAAGAAUUAUCUAGUGCUCAGAACCCGGUUGAACUCCCGGCAGCUGAGCAGAGACACGAGCUGAGAUAG